UCGGAUUGCUUCGUAAGAACGGUAUUUCUUUUUUAUAUUGCUUAAAUCGAUAGUCAGAUGAAGAUUUUAAUACGACCAAUGUUUGAACUGUGGAAAAAACCUCCGACUACAACAUUGUUAACACGACAUAAUGCCUUGAAAAUAAAGCAUUGCUCAGCGUAACUUUCAUGUUCUGAUGUUUUAGAACUGCCGGAAAUUUUCUUAGCUGUCAUGACAUUUUAAUGGGUUUUUAUCGAUGUUUCAGAAUGGCACUUUUUGCUGAUCCAAAAUUGUAUUCAGCAGUGAACAGUUGAAGAUAUUCUCCUGUUCGAGUUCUGUUUUUUGAUAACGGAGCAACGCUAAAAAUGCAGUUCAAUUUCGUUCAACAUAUCAAUCCAUUGAUCUGCAAAUAGUUUCGGUGUCUAUUGAGAGUUUUGUUUGAAAACAACAGAGUUGUUUCAAAUUAUUCAUUUUUUCUUUGGAGGGUGUGGGUAUUAGAGUGGAUGUGAGUCUCCUCUUCAACACACUCACACCCACACCCUCACUAGAGACCAAUGAUAUUUCACGGAAAACUUUUGUAUUUCUACAAAGCAUUGAGUAGAUAAUCUAUUGCACAGAGACUAUAAUCAUAAGUCUUUAUGCAUAUAUUAUUCAAAUACAUAGUCUAUAUAUCAAUAUUUAUGCUGCGGAGCUAUCACGAGGUAAGAUCAGGGAUUUUAACUUAACCCUGUCUCGACACCCCCGUCGUAAUUUUUUCCGUGCCCCGCUUUGCCCCGUCAUAGCUUCUCCCCGCCGCGCUUGCCCCCGUUCUAACUUCUCCCCGUCUCGCCCCGAAUACAUUUUCCCCGUCGUAAUUCCUCCCCGCCUCGCCCAGAUAAAAUUUUCUUCGUCUUAACCUCUCCCCACCUCGCCUCGCCCCGAGAAAAAUGGUCCCCGUCCCAGGGCCUCGCCCCGAUCUCUCGCUCCGUUUCUAUCUCUGCUGUGGGUGUGGGUGUGGAUAUGGAUGUUCUCUUCGUCCACAUUGACACCAACACCAACACCCACACCCACACUCACACCCUCAAUCUAAAUUUAAAAAAAUCACCACUUCUCACAUUUCCUUUGUUUUUAUUAAUUUCCAGCAUUUUUUCACUUUUUCACAAGAUUAGCUAACAGUACAACAAUAAUGACAAAAUCAACCUCAUUGCAACUUGCCAUUGUUAUUUCCCCUUUGAUGGCUCUUAUUCAAGUAGGUUCUAGUGCCGAAUUUGCUCGGUUACCUACCAAUGGCGCACGACGACAUUAGCUUACUGAUUCUAGUCAUCCAUAUGAUUCAUUAAAAAUAUGGUUUGAAAAAAGACCAUCUGGUAGUGCAGCUGAAGCUCGUGGGCCAACAUUACCAUUCAAUACUUUAAAAACAAGUCAUAAAUUUAAAGGUACAUGUUAUUAUCAUUGUUCUUAA